AUGAAUAGUCAGGAGGGACUCGGCUCAUGGCGUUCCCGAAACCCGAGUAAUGGCUCAGCCAGUCUCCGCUGGCGAACCCCAACCAAUGAUACGACAUUAUAUCGUCGAAUAGUCGCCUCGGCCCCACCCCCCUCUCGUCAACCCUCAUUAGGGCUACUGGACCUCCCAACCGACAUCAUCGCGAUGAUACUCGACAUGUGCUACAGAAUGGAUGUCUCUCUAACACCACUGAGGCAUUCGUGUCAGGCUUUCAACCGCCGCAUCACCGAGGCACCAUGGUUCUGGCGUCGCAUCUUGGUUUCAGCCAGCGAAGCUCCGGUCGAUACGAAAUAUUCGAGCACCAUGACAUGUGUAUCGCCAGAGAUGCUCGAUAUGUGCAUCGCACGCGCCGGCAGCUCUAUGGUCGAUGCCACUCUCGUCGUUGGGCCCUUGCAAACGAACUAUCCCAGUCCCGAACGACGAAGUAAACUGUUGUUUGAGCGGUUCAUGUCACACUCGGAAUCCUUCUCGCAGCUCUACAUCACUAUCAGGCCAAGGACGACACCCAAGCUUGUGCGAGGGGCAUUCCCCGCGCGAAGCGCAAAGUUUCCGAAGCUCGCAUCCUUGGUGGUUCGCUUCGAUUGGUCAAAUCCGCCCGUCUAUACCGCCUUUCAACCACUCUUCAACCGGUUCGGCCACACAGCGGUCAAUCUCACUUCCUUGACCUUGGAGAACGUCUCAUCCGACUUCGUUCAAGCAGCAAGUGACUUCGUAUUCUGGCGCAGACUACGCAGAAUUGUCGUUUGUGGCUCGGACCUACCCCUGGAUGUGACUGCGUUUAGGGAGUGCGAGGAGCUGGAGCAUCUCUCGAUAUCCGGAGUGCGAUCUGCGCGGCCAGAGUCUGCGUUCAAUCUUCGUGGCCAUGGUGGACCCCUUAGUCUAUGCAUUCCAGUCGGACAAAUUGCUCAUUGUACGGGCACGGUGCGAGUUCGGUCGCUCCGCGUGGACGCUAUUACCAUAGCUUGUCUGCAAGCUUUGGACCCUCGCUAUCUCUACAGACUAGUAGUCGGCUCCAUUCUCCAUGAUCUCAGAGACCCCGUCCCAACCCAUCAGUCCAUCGACCUUUCGAGCCUUGAGAUCCUGCACGCUAGGUCAUUACAUCCGCACAUGACCGGCAUAAAAGCGCCCAAUCUACGCACGUUGUGUCUUGGAAUGCCCGAUGGUAGCGACACAUAUGCCAUUCUAUCGAAUGUCUUCCAUGAUGCAGUGCGCUUGUGGGGACCCAAAAUCCUCAGCCUCGACCUCGUCGUUAGCAACGAGCUAUACGAAGCGCUUUUCAAGAGUACCCCAGAUGUUGAAACGUUGCGGAUUACACUAUACGAUGCGCCAAGCGACGCAUUCUAUGGUGCACUAAAGAGCUACAAUCUUCUCAAGGAGCUCGUUCACCUCCAGAUUGAACUUCAUCUUCCUCCAUCACCUCUAUACCCUGAUGGGAUAUCGGCCAUAUGA